AUGAACAUGGGCGCCGCUCCCUCCCCGGGGAUGUCUUUGGUCAGCAGCGCGCAGGCGGGUGCAGCAGCAGCAACAGCAAUCCUCGCCGGGAGAGCUGGACAGACACCGCAGGGAGAUAUGGCAAGUUUGGUUUCUAUGGGUCAGGUGACACCGGAGAAGCAGCAAGACGCCAACGCCGGCAGCAACAGAAUUUAUGUCGGCAAUGUGCCCUUCGGCUUCUCAUCAGAAGACCUCAAGAAGAUAUUUGUGUGUUUCGGUUCUAUCCUGACCUGCCAGCUGCUGCCUUCACAAGAGAACCCGCAGCAGCACCGCGGCUACGGCUUUAUUGAGUUUGCUUCGCCUGCUGCAGCAAAACUAGCUAUUGAUACUAUGAAUGGAUUCGAGGUCGUUGGUAAGCAGCUGAAAGUAAACUACGCGACGGCCCUGAGGAGUGCUGCUGUUGCUGGUAGCCUGGGUGUGGGAGCUGCAGCAGGAGCAGGCAAAAACGCAGCAGCAGCAGCAAAUGCUGCUGCUUCACAGCAGCAGCAGGAGCAGCAGCAGCAGGAACAGCAGCAACUCCCGCUGCAGCAAGAAGAGGGAUCAGAUGCUGCUGCUGCACCUGCAGCAGCAGCAGCAGCAUCACCUGCUGCAGCAGCAGCAGAACCUGCAGCAGCAGCAGCAGCAGCAGCAGCACCUUUCCCCGAAAAACCAACAGGAGAACCAGGCAGCAGCAACGUGCUGCUGCUGACGAACACAGUUGCUGCUGAGGAGGUCGAUGAUGAUCUUAAAGAAGAAAUGCAAGAGGAGUGUCGUCGUUACGGGGAGGUGCUGGCGGUGCGUGUCGAAGUGAUAGAAGGAGAAGUAAAGAUAUUUGUUGUUUUUGCUGCUGCAGCAGCAGCAGCAGCAGCAGCACCGCAGCUGCAUGGCCGUUGGUUUGGGGGGAGACAGAUUCAUGUUACUUAUUAUGAUGAAGCAGCAUACAAUGCAGGCAACUACACUCUCUAG